GCCUUGCAGAGCACAACAAGCGCUUGGCUGGGAGAGCUGAGCAAGGGUGGAACAUUUGGCUCGCUGUCUCAGACAGGAAGUAGUGGGAGGGAAGUAGGUAUUGCUGCUGGAAAUGAGGCCUGCCAGAGCUGUCUCCAUAGCCUAGAUGCCUUUAGCGAGCUGACGGCCCGGCCAGUUUCAGUGGAGUCCUCUGUAAUGAUCUGUCUGACCCUAGGAGCAUUGCCCAGACUGAGGAUUACCCUGGAAUAACUGAGUGCAUUGGAGCUGGCCCUCCAUUCCGCAGAGGUACAGCGAUCCCCCCUCUCAGUUAGGAUUCACAUUAAGGUAUUUUUAAGUCUCUGUUACUUGGGAGCAAGGAUUUUACAGGUGUGUUUCAACGAAGCAUUUAAAAUUUCCCAGGACACUGUAGUUCCACGCAGCCCAGAAUCUAACAGAGUGAAAUCCCAUCAGGCCCUUUAGUUGCAGGCUGAUGGCUGUUUCUUAGGGGCAGCUAGGAAUGGAUAAAUUCUUGGUCAAAAGGCCUUCCCCAGGCAAGAACAAACAAGAGCCCUUAGAGAUGAAGGGAGGAGAGCUGGACUGUAUGAGAGAUGGGGGAGAGAAGAAAAGGCCCCGGUCAGAAAUGCCAGGUGCAGAUGAGUUCUUGGUGCAUUCUCCAUGGAAGCAAAUCCGGGCUGAGGGUCUGAACUGCGAUUACAAGAUCCUGUUCGGCAAAACUGAGGCUGACAAGAUUUUCCAGGAGCUGGAAAAGGAAGUGGAAUAUUUUGAAGGUGAUCUUACCAAAGUGCAAGUGUUUGGCAAAUGGCACAACAUCCCAAGGAAGCAGGUGACAUAUGGAGAUCCUGAGUUAACAUACACUUACUCAGGUGUUACCUUUUCUCCUAAGCUAUGGAUCCCAGUUCUCAACCGUAUCAGAGAGCGCAUCACCCUGGCCACUGGACACACUUUUAAUUUUGUUCUUAUUAACAGAUAUAAAGAUGGCUGUGAUCACAUAGGCGAACAUCGAGAUGAUGAGAGAGAAUUGGUUCCACAGAGUCCCAUCGCGUCAGUGUCCUUUGGAGCCUGCAGAGACUUUUUCUUCAGGCAUGGUGCUUCCCGUGGGAAAAACGCCUCAUGCCACAUUGAGCCCGUCAAGCUGCAGCUGGCCCAUGGCAGUUUACUAAUGAUGAACUACCCCACCAACGUGUACUGGUAUCAUAGCCUGCCCACCCGCAAGAAGGUGCUCGCCCCAAGAAUCAACCUGACAUUUCGGAAAGUGAUGGCUUUAGCAAAAAAAUGAAGUUAUUUAACAACCUGACAUCUAGCUUUAAACAGCGCCUUUUACCUCUGAAAAUGAGAACUUUCUUUCCAUGUCAUAAAUCAAUUUCUCUUUCAAACACUGCCUUUUCCUUUGCAUAUAUAGCAAGAGAUAGGAACCUUGCUGUGGUGCAAGCUUUGUCACAUGAGUGUAUUUAAAUUAGGAAAGCAAACAGGGGGAAUAACAUGCAGUUGUUUAGAUACAAAUAUGGCAACCACUUGAUCUUGGAUGUCAAGAUUAUAUUCCUACAGCCAAGUACUACUGUAGACUCAUAGUAUAUUUUUCGAAUGCUAUUCUCCUUGGUUCAGAAGGGAGGUUUAUUUUUAAGCCCAUGGUAGUCCUAUCAGUGAGUAUGCCUUGUUUUUUGUUUUUAAGUCUCAAGUGUGUACAGCUGCCUACUAAAUACUAAUGUACCAUAGAAUGUAAUAAUUCCCAGUAAGUCUGAAAUGUAUGGGAGUGCAUGACUGCUCUACAACUGAGUCAUGUAUAUUUUUUAAAUAAAAAUAAAAGAUUCUUCUACAAGAA